GUGGUGGUGGUGGUGGAGCCUCCGUGAUAUCAGAGGAGAGGCACUGUGGCCUCUGUUCUCUGGUCCCUGCAAUAGAUGAUUAACCAGCACAGCUACUGCGAUAGAGGAAUGAAUCAGAGAGCGAGACAGAGUCAGAGACAGCGUCAGACAGACAAGAGUCAGACGAGCUAUGGCUGCCCUCUCCUUUGGACAGACCGUGGUCCCUGCCGGUAGAUUUUGGGCUAGGGCGCAGAGACCAGAGGGGUAUCCGACUAUCUUACCCAGCAAUCGAAUGUAGAUGUGAGUUUGAACUUUUGUUUGACCUUUUGAAUGUUAUAUGUGGUUUCUAUCGAAAGGCGUUUGUGUCAUCACCACAGUUUCCUCUCUGUAUCUUCCUGUUACUAGUAACUCCAGAUAAAGGCUUACAGCUUCUCAGCUUUCAGAACUUGACUUAUGUUUUGAGCAGCAUUUGUGUUUGGUAGUCAACCGAAGGCAUAGAUAACACAUUUUCAGUGCUGUAUCACUCACUUGCACCUCUGUGGGCUCGGUGGUACCGGUACUUGCGAGAUCAUGGGAGAGGCCGUCCUUGAGAAGGACUGGAAGCUGCUCGAGCCGCACAUCUCAGAGAAGGUCUUUCUCACGGUGCUGUUCAGCAUCAUGCUGGUGGUAGGCAUCAUUGGCAACAGUGUCACCAUCGAGACCACCAAUCUGCUGAGGCGCAAGGGCUACCUGCAGAAGAACGUCACGGACCACAUGGUGAGCCUGGCGUGCUCGGACCUGCUGGUGCUGCUGAUCGGGAUGCCCGUGGAACUCUCCAGCGCCAUCUGGAACACCAUGUCGGCGACCGGCGACACCUCCUGCAAGGUCUACAACUUCCUGUUCGAGACGUGCAGCUACGCCACGCUGCUGAACGUGGCCACCAUGAGCUUCGAGCGCUUCAUGGCCAUCUGCUACCCGUUCCGCUACAAGAGCCUGUCGGGCCGCCGCACCGCCUACCUCAUCCUCUUCGCCUGGCUCACGUCCGUCCUGGUGGCCCUGCCCACGCUCUUCGCCACGGGGAUCGAGUACCACCUGGCCAAGGUGGGGGACGACGGGCUCAUGGAGAACCUGACCUUCUGCACCUACCUGUCGGGCCACUGGACCAUGUACCAGGCCAGCAUCUGGGGGGCGUUCGUGGUGUACAUCCUGGUGCUGGGCCUGGUGGCCUUCAUGUGCCGCAGCAUGAUCCAGGUGAUCAAGAAGGCGGCGGGCAGCGUCAGCAAGACGGAGAGCGCCCAGGUGAAGAUGGCCAGGAAGCAGACCAUCAUCUUCCUGGGGUUGAUUGUGUUGGCUCUGGUCAUCUGUUGGUUCCCGAACCAGGUCAGACGCCUCAUGACCGCCACCAUCCCCAAGAGUGACUGGACGGCGUCAUACUUAAAGACCUACAUCGUCAUCCAUCGAAUAGGCGACACCUUCUUCUACCUGAGCUCUGUGAUCAACCCUUUCCUCUACAACCUGUCCUCCAGUCAGUUCCGACAGGUGUUUCUCCAGGUGCUGCUGUGUCGGCGCUCAGCAGUAGAACACAAGAACCGCAAGAACCUGUCUGGAUGGUCCGUAGCGUCAAAGUCCUCAGCGCAUCCGCUUAUGUCAAAGUCACGGCGCAAACAGGACUCUUCAGCUGACAAAACUGCUAAGUGGGAACGCAAGACAGAGCCACCAGAGCAUGCAGAGCUGGUGUGCUCCACACCACAGAGUGACAGUGGCAUCGUUAUGUCAAGCUCAGCUUGCACGCCAGUCCUGGAGGAGGCUGUGAAACUGCAAAAUGACUCAACACAGUUGGGCAAUGAUGAGACUGAGAUAUAAAAUGUUGCCCAUACCGAAGUAUCUGCAUUCUAAUAUCCAGCACACAUCAGCCAUUUGGACUGCAUUUGUUUGUGUGACUGGUAGUUUUUUUUAACGAAGAUAUCCCAGGACUGCCGCCUAUAUUGAAUGAAGUUUAUUGUAUUGUUAUACACAAAUAAAUUACAUUGCCUUAUAUGAAACAUA